GCGGCUCCCCCGGAGGCACCGCCCUCUCCUCAGAGCGGGGCCCGAGGCCGUGAGCCGGCGCUGGAGGCUCGGGGAGCACCGCCGGACUGGGUAAGUAACAGAUGCGGGUGAAAGAUCCAUCAAGAGCCAACCCCGAGAAACCAAAGAGAAGCAAAAGGCCUAACAGGCCACAGGAUGAGGACUCUUCAGAUGAUAUUUCAGGUGAGUAUGUGGCAUUUUCCCCAGGCUUAACCUGCCAACACGUGAGCCAGGCAGUGGAUGUGCAUCAUGUGAAGAGAGCCGUAGCUCAGAGCGUCUGGUCCAUAUGUGCAGAAUGUCUGAAGGAGAGGCGGAUGAGUGACGGUGAGCCCGUGGCACCUUCAGACAUAUGGCUGUGUCUCAAAUGUGGGGCUCAGGGAUGUAGUAAGAACUCAGAAGGUCAGCAUUCUCUGAAACACUUCCAAACAGCACGCACAGAACCCCAUUGCAUCGUCAUCAACCUCAGCACGUGGAUCAUAUGGUGUUACGAAUGUGAUGAAGAACUGUCAACACAUUGCAACAAAAAGGUUUUGGCUCAAAUAGUUGAUUUUCUUCAGAAGUAUGGUUCCAGGGCUGAACCAAGUUCAUCAAAAAUCAUACGUCUCCGUGAAGAAAACAGUGAAACAGGUGAAAUACUGAAAGGAAAAAGUUCUGGUAAUGGUGCAUCAGUUCCAGUUAAAGGAAUAAACAAUUUAGGAAACACAUGCUUUUUUAAUGCUGUUAUGCAGAACUUGGCACAGACUCAUGUCCUAAAUGAUCUGAUGUAUGAGAUGAAGGAGAAAGGAACCAAGCUAAAAAUCUGUCAUACUUCGGACUCGCAGUGGGAUCCUUUGGUGGUAAACCUCUCCAGCCCAGGACCUUUGACUUCAGCGAUGUUCUUGUUCCUUCACAGCAUGAGGGAGGCUGGAAAAGGGCCUCUUUCUCCCAAAGUGCUAUUCAGCCAGCUUUGUCAAAAGGCUCCUCGAUUUAAGGGGUUCCAGCAGCAGGACAGCCAGGAGCUCCUGCACUAUCUGUUGGAUGCAAUGAGGAUCGAAGAAACAAAGCGGAUACAAACCGGUAUCUUAAAAGCAUUUAACAAUCCAACUACUAAGACAGCAGAUGAAGAAACCAGAAGAAAAGUCAAAGCAUAUGGAAGAGAGGGUGUGAAGAUGAACUUCAUAGAUAGGAUCUUUGUUGGUGAAUUGACUAGCACUGUCAUGUGUGAGGAAUGUGAAAAUAUCUCAACAGUAAAAGAACCUUUCAUUGAUCUUUCACUUCCUAUUAUAGAGGAGAGGGUUGCAAAGCCUGUGCCUUUGGGAAGAACAGGUAAAGGUAAAAGUGUACAAGAGGCAGAUCUUGGUCAGUAUAACUGUUCUUCUAUCACUGCACUGAAUAAUCAACCCAAAAUUGUCAAGAAACAUGCUUUAACAAAAGAUAAGAAUCAGUUGAACCAGGAGCGACGGCUCACCAGAAAAGCUUCGUGCAACGAAGAAGAAAGAAGCCUGGUUAUCAUGCAGGAAAAAACCAAGAAGCUUGAGCUGGCAGGUAGCUCUGGCAUCCUGCACCCCAAAGACACGGGUGCAGACUGCGCUGUGAACGGCAGCCAGACGGAGGGCAGCGAGAAGGAAGCCGCCAGCCGCUCUGAGAGCAGCUUUGAUGCAGACAGCGAGGCCUCGGAAAGCGAAAGCGCUCCGAAGCAAAUGGCUCUCGCCCCUUGCAGCAAGACGGCAGCUUUGCGCGUCAGCCGCGUCAGCGUGAAAGUGCCGCACGGCAGGCCGAGUGACGGUCACGAGGAGACCAUUUCCAGUGCCAUGGCUAAAGUCAGCUUCUGCGAUACUAUCAAGGAAGAGAAGAAACCCAGCCGUGGAGAUCCAGCACUGGGUUUAUCAAAUAACUCCGUGUUCUCAGACAAAUCCCCGCUGUCCCAAACCCCUCAACAUGCUUUCCAGACGCUUUCCCAGAGCUACAUAACUAGCUCGAAGGAAUGCUCUGUUCAGUCCUGCCUUUACCAGUUCACCUCUGUAGAGCUGCUGAUGGGGAACAACAAGCUUUUGUGUGAGAGCUGCACGGAAAGGAAACAGAAGUAUCAGAAGAAAAGCAAUUCCACAGAAAAGAAAAUGGAAGGUGUCUACACAAACGCUCGGAAGCAGUUGCUGAUUUCUUCAGUUCCUGCUAUUCUUAUUCUUCAUCUGAAAAGAUUUCACCAGGCUGGUCUGAGCCUACGGAAAGUAAAUAGGCAUGUGGACUUCCCUCUCAUUUUAGACCUAGCACCCUUUUGUGCUGCAUCCUGCAAGAAUGUUACAGAUGGUGCAAGAGUGCUGUAUAGCCUUUAUGGAAUAGUGGAGCACAGCGGGUCAAUGAGAGGCGGUCAUUACGCAGCGUAUGUGAAAGUCAGGACAUCCUCCAAGAAAUUACUAGAGCACAUUUCUGCCACUAAAAACGUCCUGGGUUUAAAAGAAGCCAUGGGAGCAUCGGGAGGACAGUGGGUGUAUGUCAGUGAUGCCCACGUUCAGAUGGUUCCAGAAUCCAGAGUACUAAAUGCACAAGCAUAUCUACUUUUUUAUGAAAGAUUAUUAUUAUAAUUGUCAGCAGUUUAAUUUAAAAUAUGGUAGUGGUUAUUUAGUUAAUCUUAUUUAAAGCUGCAGUGGUAAGAGUACCUGUAAAUACCGUGCCUUUAUCUUGUAGAGAAUUCAUCCUGUGUUGACUCUGAAGUUCAGUCAAGCUAUUACAAAUACCUGAAUGGUUCUCUUAAAGUAUGCACUUUGCCAAACAUUUACAGUUCCUGGAUUCAUUCAACUACAGUACCAUUAGAAUGUAAGACAAUGUCCUAUCCUACUGAGCCCUGCAGAAUGUUUGGGUUUAACAAAGGUAAGCUUUCACCCAUAGCUCUGCAACAGUUGAGAAUAAAGAUACCCGUAGCAUUAAGUGCCUGGAUUUGCUGGUGUACACUAAUAUAGAGUAUUUCAACCUCUUGUGAUCUAGUCCAAAUCCUUCCCACUGCUGGGCUGGAUGUCAGCUGUUAAGAUUUCUGCAAACUAAGAACCUGUCAGGUCGUGUGGCUUCCACACAUGGUAAUGGGCAAGCACAGUGCUUCCUGCGUGGGUCAGCUGUACCUACUCCUGUUUUCAUACACAUACAUCCUCGGUGUGCAGAUGUGUAUCCUCUGAUCCACAGAGAGAUACAUGUAUACACGUGUGUGUGUGUAUAUAAGUGCACCAUCAAUCCAUCACUACAUAAUCACUGUACCUACUAGGAAACAGAUUGCAAAUACUCUGCGUUUAGUCAGUUUUCAGAUGAUGACAAUGUACUGCUUACAAGCUUGUGGAUGGAUACAUGUAACAGGGAAAGCCUGUUACCUCUGAUUCAAACAUCAACUUGUUUAUCCUGAAUGCUUUUCUCACAGGAGUAAUAAACUAUACAUUAUUUUUGCA